AUGCCACCAAGAAAGAAGUUGCACGACGACAUCUUCGAUGAAGAAGAAGAUUACUGCCCAAAGCGAAAAAUUAAAAAAUUGGAUAUUGUAAUCGACUCCGCUUGGAAAGUUUUCAACAACCAACACAUUCUUCACUUCAUCACCGAGAACAUUGUCGGAAAUGACAAAUCAAUUCUGGAUAAUUUGCAACUGCGGUUAGUCAGCAAGGCAUUCAACAAUGUCGUCCUCAGCAAAGUACGCGCCGAGUUUGUGACGGUACAAGUGAGCCCUUGCCAUAUAAUCGGAACAAACGGAGAAUACAGCGAGUGUGAAGAGCAUGAAGACAACGACACGAAUACGGACAGAUCGUUUACAGUAAACGAUCGUAAAGUUUGGUUCCAUCAAGUGCCAAAGUUUUUUGAGUUCUUGAAUUCUGUGGCUCGCAUUCGUGUCCGUAAUCUUCUAUUUUCUGGCUUCAUAUCUCCAGAUCAGCGUCUUCACAAAUGCAUUCUGUAUAGUUUACUGGAUGGAAAUUGGUUUUCAUUGUACUCAUACAAGGGGGCUGAUGAAGUUUGCAUCGGAUGCACAGCUUGUCAAGAGAUCGCUUCCAGAGUGAGGAUCUAUGGACCUGUUCAACUUUGCACACUCGUUGAGCCCAUUCGUGGUAGAAAGCAUUAUGAGCAACUGAUCAUCACUGAAAUAUUGCUCGCCGAGAUUGCUGUUCAUUGUAUCACUAUGGUGGAAAGUAAAGCAGAAGCGUUCAAUCGUCUCACCAAAAUAAUCACGCCAGAAAUCAGUUGCGAUCAAUUGGAUCUCGUUUUUUCGGAUCGAUGCAUGUGGUCCAAACAAACAUUAUCCCAUCCCCGUGAAGUUAUUGAUUGGAUUGUCAAAGCUUGGAGUGUGAAAUCUAUAAAUGUUCGUUUUAUAACUGGAUAUUCAUCGAUUGAUUACAAUUUAUGGGCGUCGAAAAGAGUUUUCACAGAAGUGCGAUUCGAUGAAAUGCUUGUGAAAGACAGCUUGAGACGACAGAAUGAACGGGAUAAUUUCGAACGAGUUGAAGUCGAUAUGCAAGCGGGUGAUGAGAUCGCUACAUGCUUUGCUGAAUCAAUGGGAAUGUUCGAACGAAGUGGAAUGUCAGCGACAGCAUUCCAAAAUGUUUGCGCAAAUGUCAAAAGAAUUUUUCCUUCUCAAGAUAUGUUUUUGAUUCUUCCCAUCGAACUGGCGCGUGUAGCAUCUGCCGAAUUUGAUGGAUUUUGUGAGGCACUUCUUGAGUUUGCUUGGAAAGAUGAGCGGACAGCAAGGCAUUCACGACUCUUCUUCCGGCUCUACACCUUUGGAAUCACAGAACAAGAAGUAAUGAGACAAAUUGAGAAAACGUUCAAGAUAAACUGCCGACCGGUGGCCGCAAUGCUCUCCGAUCCCAACAUCCGUCGGGCGUUCCUCAAGUGGUUGCCGGGAACGACGACAUCAUUCGACAGGUCGCUUCUCUCCUUCACAGACGUGUCGAACAACUGUGUUCUUCACCUCGAAGUAUGUGUCGAACCCGUGUAA